CUGCACACUGACAUGCUGCACACAGACAUGCUGCACACUGACAUGCUGCACACGUGCUGUUUCUUGUUGGUUUCAGGCAGCUCCUGUUAGGAUGAUGGAGAGAUCUCUCUUCAGUGCCAAGUACAUCUUUGUGGAGAAUCUCUUCAGAAGUGGGAAAAUGCCAGAGGUGGACUACGCUGUUCUCAGCGAGUGGUUUGACUGGAUUACAGCUAACGUUUGCAUUCCUGUUGAUCUCAUUGUUUACCUGCAGACGUCUCCUCAGACCUGCCAUGAAAGGUUAAAGCAGCGAUGCAGAGAAGAGGAGAAAGUCAUUCCACUGGAGUAUCUUGAGUCCAUUCACCAGCUUUAUGAGGAGUGGCUGAUUAGGCGCACCUCCUGGCCUGUUCCUGCUCCUGUGUUGGUGAUUCCUGCUGACCACAACCUGCAGAGCAUGCUGCACCAGUACGAAGAGAACCGAGCCAAGAUCCUAGCAGCAAGUCUGUGAUGCACGAACGCGCUCGUGCUAACCCAGCCUGACAGGAAGCUGUUACAUCACCUUUUUUAAGCCAUUUCUGAUCUUACACCUCGUCACAUGUGACAUUUUUGUAUGCACUCCCAGGUCAGCCAUUCCUAUUCACGAAGACCAAUCUCAGUACAUUUAAUUACAGUUUUAAAGUAAAAUGUAAUCGAUGUGCUCACAAGAAACUAUUGAGAAACUGAACAUGAGAGCAGAUCAUUCCAGUGCUCGAGCCGAAGCCCGUCAGCCUUCAAAGAUGCUGCGGCUCAGGCUGCUCCUCAGAUCUUAUCUGCUGUGUUUUUCCUGAGAGCGUGAUGAAUCCUCCGAGUCUGAGGAAGUGUGUAAGUGAAAACUCUUCCUACAGAACAAGUUCAGUGACAGCGUUGUGUCACUUCAGACCAUGAGUUAUACGUCCUGGUCUGAUCAUCACUCUGUAUCACUCCUCUGUCCUUUACCUGCAUCUGCUCUGCCACCUGAAUAAAGGAGCCUGUUUCCAUGAAAACAACAUUUAGUGUUUGAACAGGCUGUGUGAUCCGGCACAUGAAGCUCAACCUGUGAAACAUCUGCUGCUGCCGCACACAUGACUGAUCAGUCGAGUUUACAGCGCUUGAAGGAUCACGCACUAACUGACAGAGUAGUUCCAGAGUUGGCUGCAUUGUGUUAGUAAUAAAAUGAUUAAAGCAGUUUUUGUGAUUUUAUUUUAUUUUAUUUUAUACACUUUGUAAUUGUGCUCAUUAAGAGUUGUUUCUGUGUAAUAAAAGUCAAAAGCAUCAUUUAAA